AGCAAGAUGGUAUAACUGGCGCGUCUACGCGGAAUUCUCGUUCAAGUGGCAGACAUUAUCACACUUGGAAAGUGAUUUUCGACUAAGAACAUGGCAUCGUUCGUGUGUGGUUUUCUUUUCAUCAUUCUUGGGACAUUGGUAUUAGGAGAAGAAAGUGAAGUGACUUCUUUAGAUGAAAACAUCCGGGGCGCUGUGACCAGGGCUGUGCACUGGAUGAAAGCUCAGCGUCGGGAAGACUACAGCUGGGGCGGUUUCACCCCACGCGCCGUGGUGGCGCUCUCUCUGUCCCAGGAGGUGGUGCCCAUCUUGAAGGACGAGAUGACCGUUAUGACUAAGCAGCUCAAUAUUUUACUAUCUCUGGAACUUGGAAGGAACUUUUCAAUGAAGAGCAUGCGUUUGAGUCGCUUGGCAUUGUACGUGAACGCUUUAUAUGCUACUUGCCAAGAUCCUCGGAACUUCCAUGGCCAGGACCUAGUCCGAAUCUUGCGAUCUCGGACGAAUUCUGCCCUGGUCAAUGCAUCGGACUUCACUCUGCCUGUGGUUUUCAUUCCCCUCUGUCUCGCUCAAGACAUCGGAUAUCAAGAUGUGCAUCAUAUCAUCAAAAUGUACCGGAGCCUUAGAAACAAAACAGAUUUGCAAGCGCUGACCCUUCUGGGGUUAACCUGCAUUGCUCAGCUGAAUCGUUCCGCCAUCAACAAGCAAUAUGUGGAUUCGUUUGCAGCCGACUUCAUGCAGAAUUUCCGCAGCAUCGCACCUUCAAGUGAUGUCUACACGUUGGCACUCGCUCUGCAGGUCUUGCGUGCUGUUUCCGGUGGCCCCGUAGACGUGAACCCGCUGAUCGAGAAGCAAUCCCCUGAUGGCUCCUUUGGAAGCUUGCUAGGCACUUAUUAUGCCCUGCCAGCUUUGCUUGGCAAGAAUGUAUUUGCCAUCAAAGACAAACAUUGUAGCAAGGAUGACCCUCUAGACAACUCUUUGGCAUACCCCCUAUUCGAACCCAGCUCCCCCAAGGUGCAUUACUCUGUGUGGAAGGGGGAAGGAGACGAUCGAGAUUCCCACACUGUGACUGUCACUCUGCCGUCCAACGGAACCUUCUUCGACGUCAUGCAGAUGGCACAGGCCAGGAAUCUGAAUUUCAGGUUCAGUUACGAAGAGAGAGAUCGCAGCAAACAUGUGUACAGUGUCGGUGGCGCACCGAAUGAUGUGCAAAGAGAAUUGUACUGGAUCCUGUACAAGACGGUGGGGCAGCCCAACGGCUUUCAUCCGCAAACAUCCAUGCAGAAAGUAAUUGGAGGUGUCGAUCAGAUCCAUCCAGCACCGGACGAUCACUACAUUUUCUGGUUUAGACGGCACUCGCCUUAUGGAGUAUAAAAAUUUAUCAAACUGAACUGUCAGUAUUUUGUCAUUUCAUCAUUAAAAAAUAAAACGAUACUGACUUAAACAAAUGCAU